AUGCUGAUCCUUACGCCCAGCCUGGAUGCUUGGGCAGCCGCCAUGCAGGAUACACCCAGCCUGGCUACAGCCAGAUGGACUAUGGCGCACCCAGCUACGGUCCAGAAGGGUCGUAUCAGCAGAGUCAAGGAAUGUGCGAAGAUGGCGAUGGCUGGUGCUGGUGGCUUAGCUCUUGGAGCUGGAGCGGUCUUCGCGGCCGAACACGCAGGCGACAUUGCUCAGUUUGCGGAGGGUGCCUUCGAUGAUGUUGGUCACUUCGCGGGAGACGCCGCGCAUGGUGUUGAAGAGUUCGUGGAGGAUAUCUUUUGA